UUAUACUUGCUUCAGCAAGAAAACUCCAGCACUGAGCUAAAAACGGAAUGUGCAGUGGUGCUUGGAAGCCUUGCAAUGGGUACAGAAAAUAAUGUUAAAUCUCUACUGGACUGCCAUAUCAUACCAGCCUUAUUGCAAGGGUUACUGUCACCAGAUCUUAAAUUCAUUGAAGCUUGCCUCAGGUGUCUUCGUACUAUUUUCACCAGCCCUGUUACUCCUGAAGAAUUAUUGUAUACAGAUGCUACAGUUAUUCCCCACCUCAUGGCGCUGCUCAGUAGGUCUCGAUAUACUCAAGAAUAUAUAUGUCAGAUCUUCUCACAUUGUUGCAAACUCCGACACUGGCAUAGCUGCGGCUUUAAAUCCUCGCCUCAGCCACUUCUAUGUGCCAAUGGUCCAGACCAUCAGACAGUGCUGUUUAAUCAUGGAGCAGUGCAGAAUAUUGCUCAUCUGUUAACUUCUGCAUCUUAUAAAGUUCGAAUGCAAGCACUGAAAUGUUUUGCAGUUCUAGCCUUUGAAAACCCCCAGAUAUCAAUGACUCUUGUAAAUGUGUUGGUUGAUGGAGAACUAUUACCACAAAUAUUUGUGAAGAUGUUACAAAGAGACAAGCCCAUUGAAAUGCAGCUCACAUCAGCCAAAUGCCUUACAUACAUGUGCAGAGCUGGAGCAGUCUGCACUGAUGAUACCUGCAUUGUGUUAAAGACAUUACCAUGUUUGGCACGGAUGUGUAGUAAAGAGAGACUACUAGAGGAGAGAGUAGAUGGAGCAGAAACUCUGGCCUAUUUGAUUGAAGCAGAUAUUGAACUACAAAGAAUUGCCAGUAUUACUGACCACCUUAUUGCAAUGCUUGCAGACUACUUCAAAUACCCCAGCUCAGUGAGUGCUAUCACUGAUAUAAAAAGGCUUGACCAUGACUUAAAGCAUGCUCAUGAAUUGCGCCAGGCUGCAUUCAAGCUCUAUGCUGCACUUGGAGCAAAUGAUGAAGAUAUUCGAAAGAAGAUAAUUGAAACUGAAAAUAUGAUGGAUCGGAUUGUAAAUGGAUUAUCUGAGUCUAGCAUCAAAGUGCGCUUAGCUGCAGUCAGAUGUUUGCACAGUUUGUCAAGAUCCGUACAGCAACUACGAACAAGUUUCCAAGAUCAUGCUGUAUGGAAACCCUUAAUGAAGGUAUUACAGAAUGCUCCAGAUGAAAUUUUAGUGGUAGCAUCUUCUACUCUAUGCAAUCUUCUCUUAGAAUUUUCUCCAAGCAAAGAGCCUAUCUUAGAAUCAGGAGCCAUAGAACUUCUCUGUAGUUUAACUCAGAGUGACAAUCUUGCCUUGCGAGUGAAUGGAGUUUGGGCUUUAAUGAAUAUGGCAUUUCAAGCAGAACAGAAAAUCAAAGCAGACAUUUUACGAGGCUUGAGUACAGAGCAAUUAUUCCAGUUACUCUCUGAUUCUGAUGUAAAUGUACUAAUGAAGACCUUGGGAUUACUUAGGAAUCUUUUGUCUACUCGCCCUCAUAUAGAUCAGAUAAUAAGUACUCAUGGGAAACAGAUCAUGCAAGCAGUGACUCUCAUCCUGGAAGGAGAGCACAACGUAGAAGUCAAAGAACAGACAUUAUGUAUACUCGCCAACAUAGCAGAUGGAACAACAGCUAAAGAAUUCAUUAUGACAAAUGAUGAUAUCUUACAAAAAAUAAAGUAUUACAUGAGCCACUCAAAUGCUAAACUUCAACUGGCUGCCAUGUUUUGUGUAUCUAAUCUUAUAUGGAAUGAAGAAGAGGGUUCCCAAGAUCGUCAGGAUAAACUCAGAGAUAUUGGAAUAGUAGAUAUUCUACAUAAACUGAGUCAGUCAUCAGAUCCAAAUCUUUGUGAAAAGGCAAAGACAGCACUCCAGCAGUAUCUUGCGUGAUGAAAGAGAAGUUGAACUUUCAUAUAAUUUUCAAAGCUAUAUACUAAGGAAUAAUGGGAAAUAGCUGCACCUAAUUUCCUUACCUUUUGCACAAGGCACCUUGGGCUGCAUUUCUCUCAGGUGCAGGGAGCUGCUUGGCAGGAGCAGUUUAAGUGAUCAGGUCUCCAAUGCACUUGAGGACUUUAUUGAGGUAGUUCCUCUAUUCAAAUAUCUGUUCUGGGAUAUUUUUGUCUGAGCUACCUGAACUCUAAUAGAACAAUCAGUUGUCUUUUUUCCUUUGGGCCUACAAUAUUCUGCUUAUACCACAGCUGAUGUAAGGCUGUGUCUGGGUGGGUGUGAUACCUCAGAGCUUUUUCUUUUUCUUUUUUUCUGUGUGUGUGCGCGUGUGUGUGUGUGUGAUUUUUUUCUACAGAUUUUCAAGGGUUAACCAUUGUUUGCUGUAUGAAAACUUUAAAAAAUUAUAUACAAUUUGAAUUGAAAUGUUAUUUAAAAACAGUUUUGUCCCAUGAAGUUUAUUUUGAUCAGAUGAAUGUUUUUAAGUAAAAUAUAUGCAUUUGUUCAACCUCAGCUUAAUGUACCUGUACUUCCUCUUUUGAAACAAAAAGCUAUUUACAUAACAGGUAACACAUGCAAUGUGAUUUAUGCUAGCCUCUUACUGCCACAUGUUACUUAGUGACAGCUCCUUGGAUUUAAGAAAGCAACAUUCAAAGAUCCCAAAAUUGAAUAUUCUUAAGUACACAUAAAUGAUACCAAGAUUGGAAUUGUGGAAAUUAUACCUACUGGAAUUAUCCGGCAACAAAAUUAGAGUUCCCCAUGCGGGUACAAAGCUGCCUCAGAGAACUUACAUUUGUUACAAAACUCUGUGUUACCUUUACAUAACAUGAAACCGUGACAGUGGAUUGAUGGAAGUAGAAGAAUUGACUGCUGGUUGGAAGUACGCUCUUGGAAAUAUGGUAGGCAUCCCCAUCAAAAAUCUGGAUAUAAAUCAAACCUUAAAUCUUUUUAAAAAUACAUUAUUUACCAAACAUACGUGGUGGAGGACUAAGUUAUUCCUGCAGCAGAGAAGAACAAUGUUAAGAUGAGUUUUUUAUAUCAUUUUGUAAUCUCUGCCUCAUGCCUUGUUGUUUAUCAAGUAAGUUGUCUGUGGUCUUAAGCCCACAGGUAUUUGUGUCAAGGGACAAGAGCGCCAGUCAGAAGUUGAGUGUCUCAUUUCACUCACCAGUUUCAGUCAUCCCAAACAUUUAUUUAUAAUAAAUAAAUAUUCAUGUGCCUAGACACAUUGCAUUAUAUCACAGCAACGUUUAGAGCUUGCGCCUCUGGCUGGAACUGUUAAUGAGCUGGAGGGAGACUGCAUAAUAAAGCUAGAGUUUUUAUAUAUGGUUUUCAUGUUUUUUUUUACUGUACCCUGAAAGGCUAGUCAUAGCAAUUCAGGGAAUGUAGUAGGUGAUGUCAUUUCUCAGUGUCAUUGCUACAAGCUUGUUGGGUUUGGACUUCUGCAGGUGUGUAUAAUGUGCUCUCCUGCUAAUUAAUAUUUUAGAAGUAAAGCCUUAAUUAAGUCAUUAAUUGAUUGUAGCCUUAAUAAUACUGAGAAAAAUCACUUUCUUGUCAGCGUUAUCCAAAUCCAUUCCCAGGAAGAAAGGGUAGGGAGGGCUUCCUUAUCCUGACCACUGCUUUUGCACUCUGAAUUAUUAUUAUUACACAUGCACUUCCAAUACUGUUGUAAUGCCUCCAUUUACACAUAUGCAUAUCCAUUUAUUUUGAGAUAUAGAUAUGCGUAAAACUGUGUUGAAUAUAGCUGAAAUGUGCAAAUUUUCAUCUUCACAUUUGAAGGUUGCUUUUAUAGAGUGGCCAUGUAUAUGGAAGGAAGAUAUAAACUAUGCUAAGACAAUCUGGGUAAUGGGGGUGGGCAAGGUGAGUUGGUGAAAUAUUAGGAUGGUAAGUGAUAAUGAAGUGGCAUUUUGCACUCAGUAAAGCAUUGUGAAUAUUUUUUGAUGUUGCUAUAAAUAUGUACAAACACUGUAAAUAAAAACAAAUGACCUUUUACUGGAGAACAUUAUUUAAAAUUGCUUGGCCCUAUUUAUAUAUAUAUUUUUAAAUCUUCAUACAAAGAUUAUAUUGUAAGUUUGGAUCUGUGCACAAACACCUACACCCUGUUAGGAAACUGAGUGUUCUAACAAAAAUAAGGUUCAUUUUCUAGAUUUUUUCAAAAUAUAGUGAUUGGAUUUGUACCAACCCCCACCCCCUUCCAUGAACUGUCAAAAUUGGACAAGAAUAAUAACUUAUUAAAAUGUUUUCUCUAAUUCUUUUGUUGAGAAUUGCUCAGUAUUGAUGUAGUAUGUGAGUGAAUUUAAGUGCCUGAGCAUUUACCUCUCAUUUUCAGGGGUUGAUUUAAAAAAUUAAUGUACAUAAGGUAGAUGUUCAUCUUUAUUCUGCACCAGCAUUUGUUCCAUGUUCAUUGUACUCUUUCUGUUCUGUUUUCUAUACUUUAUCUAGUCCUUAACACUUACUUCAUAAUCACUUCCCUGUUGUUUUUGUCCUCUUUGUGAAAUUGUAAAUAUAGUAAUAAGCUGUAGUUCAGAUAGGUAAAUAAACAGAUAAUCAGUCAGCUGAUUUAUUUUGAAAAAGCUGGAGGUGGCCCCAAAAUCUUCUAGUCCACCAUCUACAUACCAGUCCGUGCCAUUAUAUUCAAUGUCAUUGGAUUUGAUUUGCCUCUUUCUAACUCCAGGACAACAAAAGCUAAGAGUUUUGUCCACAGCAGAGGUUGAUAUCUGGUUGGAGGAAUGCUGUGAGAAAUUGUCCAAGAUGUCCUGGGCAAGAAGAAGAGCUGACUUGAGAAUCAUCUUCCUGUCUUCAUUUGCAGGUCUAGAAGAUGAAUCCUGCUGUCUUUUCACAAGAUGAAAAAAUGUUCUUGGUCUCACUAGCACAAGUUCAUUCCAUUCAGUAGCCCUGUUCCAAUUAUUUUUGUUGCUGUUAAACAGAUGUUGUAUACUUGUUUUCUUUGGUGAUUGAAAACAAGUCAUGUUACAGAAAUUAAAAAAUUUAAAGCUAUCAAGUUUAAGACUCAGAAAUGGUAGAGGCCCAAAGGCAACAUCAGAAUGCCAGUUAUAGCUGGGCUAAACAGUGAUGGGGUUAUUGUGCUUUGUGUUUUUACUCAUAGCUUUCUUGAUUACUUAAACUGAGAACAAACAUAUUGGACUCAAGGAGUACUAACGUGAUGCAGCAGGGCCUUUCUUAAUCAGUUCAGAUGCUGGUAUACCUGCUUCUGGCUAAUUUUGAAUACUUUAACAGUCAUACGUAGCUAUAUGAUGCAGCAUAAGAUUCUGUCUUUCUGGGACAGCAAUAUGAAAUUACAUUGUUGUAAUAUAAUUUUAAGGUAACCAUACAUUGCUCAUUAUUAGGCUUUUAAAUCCCUGUUAAAUGGAAAAAUAUUACAGCUGUUCAGCCUUUUGUGUACAGUGGGAAAAGGGACCGUCAGGAAUGUAAAACUCUUGAUUUGCUCUUAAUGAAACCAGCAUUUAAUUUCCUUAGGAGGAUAAAGAAACACAAAGAAAAGAUGCUUCAGAACAUCUCCAUUUCCCCUUCCUUGGGAUUCAAGACAUUUCAGGAAUUUGGUCUUUGGCUAUGCUUAUGUAGGGUCAAGUUCACAUCCCUCAGAAAUAUCUUGUAAUGAUAGCCUAGGAACAGAACCUAACUUGGAUUAAGUUAGAGUCAUCUUGAUCUUGAUAUUUUCCAGCUGUAGUCAAUUUAAUUUUUGUAUUUUAUUUCUAUAUUAUUUUGUGCUAUUUAGUAUUUCUGUACUGUUUUCUCAGGAUGUGUCCUGUUUUAACCCCCAUUUCUACAUGUGUUCUACAGAAUUUUCUAGGCAGAAACAACCCAAGUCAUUUUUGUUCCAGAUUUCAGUGGAAUCAAAACUAGCAGGAAACCCAGAGUGGUUAGGACAAUGCUGAUAGAUGUAAUAAUUUCCCUUUCUCUCCUUAGGUGUUCCCAGUAUGACAUAGCCCACCAGCUUUCCCAUUCUAAAACUUCCUAUUGCUUCCCUUUCCUGCGUCCCCUCAGCCACCACUAAUGUCCUUGGUUUUUUCUGUUCUUCCCUCCCAAAUAUUUCUGCUUUGGACGGUUGGGUUUCGGUGGAACAAAAACAACCCUGUUUCAUUCUGGCUCAUGCAUGCAUGUUUCAGUUUGAGCACAAAUCACCCCAAGAUAGAUAUGUGCACAGAAUGUGUCCAAAUCAUUUUUCACAUUUCUUGUCUUUUUGAAGGAUUCAGGAAUCAAGCUGUUACUGCUUGUGGCAUGUGCAGUUAUUUUCUGGUGCCUGUCAGAAAAUAUAAGAACUGUAACAAUUAACAGAUGAAAGUAUAGGUACUAUGGAAAUUGGUGUGUCUAUCUUACCAAUAAGACCCUGAAAAGUACUGCCAGUCUUUAGCCUUAAUACGUGCAUCUUUAAAGUAAGGUAAACUUCAGAUUGAGGUUGAUUCUUGAUGAUUUCAUUUGUCCAUGAUUUUCUUGACAACAAUAUAGAUGUUAUUUGCCACGUAGCAACACUAGCCAACCUUGGUUAGCCUUAAAAGAUGAUAUGCACAGUGGGGCCUUGCUAGUACCUGGAGACCACCCAUAAAAUUCCAGGAUCUAGCUGUAGACAAGUUGGGAAUUUGAAAAGAAUAUCCCAGAAGAAAGUAUGACAAACUGCUUCCAUAUUAUUGCAGAGAAAGCAAUAUGACCACAAACUUCUAUUUUCUCAUGGCUCAUUAGCCCCACUAAUUCUUCUCGAAGACUUUGUGUCAAGAUGGAAAGUAAAUACCUUAGCUGACCUGUGUCAUUGCAACCUUUCUAUCCACUCUGUUACCUCUAGGCCUAGAGAAAGUGAAAGCCAAGUUUCACCAAAGAGUUUUCAGUAUUGCACGUCAGACAGACCUGAGUGCUACAGACAAUCUACAGGAAUGGGUUCCUUCCUGGAAACAUUUUAGGCCUGUGAAAGCCCAGUUCAAUCUGGCCUGCUCAGCACACUGCAGAGCCUUUUCUUUGGCUCAUUUCAGUGUCUUAGCCUCAGCAGUAUUGGACCUCAGAUUUCAUAAAAUUUCAUUCAAUGAGAGAAAUUGUCCUUGUGGUCAGAAUGAACCUGAGACUAUAUUUUUUCAUUGUCCCUUCUAUGAAACUUACAUGCUGGUGUGCCUGUAGUACCCCCAAAGAGAUCAAGUUUUCAAUGAGGGAUAGGUAGCAUAUUUUUUACUCAGGCCAGAACUCUGCAAUUACAAACAGAGUUGCCAAGUUUUUAUCAGCAGCUAUUGCCAUAAGAAGGCUCAAGGUGCCUUAAUCUUGGAAUGAUGUCACUAAGAGGUCUUUAAUUCUCCUUUCUUAAUGUCAUGUUUAUUUCAUUUUGUUUUGUCUCGUGUUUUCUUCUGUUUUCUUGUAAAUUGUAACUGGUAGGUCCAUAUGAUGAUUUACUUGCUCUUACUGUAUUUGGGUGUACUUCUGUGUGCAGUUUUAAUUUAGCUAAUUUGCUGGUCAGUGAUCAUAAAUAAAAUUUCAAUUUUGGACUUCUUGUGAGCACCAUGGCAAGCUGAUGUCCUGUUGGCUAGCGGGACACCAUUUGCAAGGAAAAUUGCAGCUGGAUGCUGGAUCCGGACCAGCAAAAUCUCUCCGGAAGAAGGAGAGAUCGUUGAGAUUAUCCAUAUGACUCCAGACAGCCGUUCCUCAUAAGUAGACUGCAGAAACUACCAUUUUGCAGUCAGCUUAUGAGUGGAGUGUCUGGGAGUCGGGAUUCCAUCAAACCCACACUAGCAAAACAGCCUUUAUGGACAUUGAGCUUGACUGAACUGCGUUUCUUAAUCACUUUUAGGAUUUUUUUUUUAAACUUUCCUGGAGAGAUUAAGACCUUUCAGACCGGCAAGGUUUUACUGUAUUCAUCAGGUGAUUUUCCUCCUCCUCAAAGGACAAUGGUGUAAGUUUGA